AUGGCUACCCCCGCACAAUGUUACUUCUGCUUCGAAACACUAGUUGCUUCUUUUGAAGGAGGUAAACCUCCGAAGCUCUCAGUAGUUGAAGAAUUAUGGGAGGAGUUUGAAGCUUCCACGGCCCUUGCUUUGCAGGCCGCAGAAGGCGGGGACGCGGGAGGAAAUUCAGUUGAGCCUCAUGUAGACGCAGAUGAUGAAGAGCACCAAGGUGAUAUGGAAGAUGUCUCCUCUGAAGAUAGAGGACAAGCAGGCUCGAACACCCUGCAGCUGCCUAGUAUUCGUCGCCUUCAGAGUGCGGCUUCCUCUGGCUCAUCCAGUGCAACAGCUUCAACGCCUCCAGCAUUAUCUGCCAGUUCUUCUCGUUCUGCACUGACGAGCAAUACUUCCAUAUCUUCCAGUCCUAGCCCUAAGACUUCUUCGUUCUUCUCCCCGCCCAAGAGCUAUAGUGAGGGGCUCCGCAGGUCACCUCCAAACGCUUCAUAUCCACUCUUUGUUACGUGGAAUACAGUUUCUAGGAGCGGCCACAAGUCCCUUCGGGGCUGUAUCGGCACCUUUGAAGCCCAAGAGCUGAGCUCUGGCUUGAGGUCUUACGCACUGACAUCGGCUUUCGGUGACACUAGGUUCGCCCCUAUACCGUCGCAACUCCUGCCUUCUCUUUCAUGCUCCCUCACCCUCCUGUCGACGUUCGAGACCUGUGCCCACGCGUUAGACUGGGAGUUAGGCAUGCACGGAAUUCGCAUAUCGUUUAUCUAUAGGGGAAGAAGAUAUGGAGCUACCUAUCUUCCAGAUGUGGCUGUCGAUCAAGGCUGGACAAAGGAAGAGACCGUGGAGAGUCUUAUGAGAAAAGCUGGCUGGGAAGGGUCCUCGAGUUCUGGUGGAGUUGCUCGUCGAUUCCUCCGGUCAGGAAGCUCUGGCGGCGGCAACCCAGACAGGCCUUGGGAGGACAUGUCUGAGUUCAAAACCGUCAGAUACCAGGGUCUUAAAUCAAGUGCAUCGUAUUCCGAGUGGCAGGAGUGGAGGAAAUGGGUGGAAUCGUCCCCCACUCAUUUAGCUACAUUAGAAGCUUCCCAUUAG